AUGAUGAUUGGUGCAACACUCUCUUUGAACCAACCAAACUACCCUUCUGUCCCAACCAAUCCCCAAACCCUCUUAAACCCUCACCAUCAAUGCUCUCACCUGCAAAAUGCCUCCGAUGCUAGCCACAGCAACGAUGGCCCACCGUUUCAAGCUAUAUACAGAUUCAGAGAAUUGCUAAUUAGCCAUCGAGAUUUCACUACCCUUGCCUUUGCCCCAGCCCUCAAAGCCUGCGCCACGGCCUCUGCUCUUUCUCCCGGAAAACAGAUCCAUGCUCACUCUGUAAAGCGCUGCCUCGCUUCCGAUGUCUAUGUCCAGACGUCUCUGCUUUCUAUGUACGCUCGCUGCGGACAGUUGGACGAUGCAGUUCGGGUGUUUGAUGAAAUGCCUAAAAGAAAUGUUGUCACUUGGACCGCUUUGAUUGACGCAUACCUGCGAUCAGAGCAACCUGAAGCAGCAGUUACUGUCUUUCGUGAGAUGCAGAAGGCUGGUGUUGAGCCUGACCACUUCACUGUUGUCAGUGUCCUAUCAGCCUGUGCGUGUCUAGGCGCACUGAAUUUGGGGAGGUGGGUCCAUGCUUAUAUCGAAAGGGUGGGGCUGGAAUUGACGGACUACGUCGGCACAUCGCUUGUCGACAUGUAUUGUAAGUGUGGGAACAUGGCUGAUGCACUUGCAGUGUUUAAUUCUAUGAAAGCUAAGGGUGUCCGGACAUGGAAUGCAAUGCUGCAUGGGCUUUCUGUACAUGGGCAUGGUAGGGAAGCGAUACAGCUCUUUUCGAGAAUGGAAAUAGAUGGAGUGCAUUCGAACGAGGUGACGUUCCUGGGAGUUCUAUGUGGUUGUAGUCAUAAUGGUUUGGUUGAAGAAGGGCGAUUUUACUUUGACUUGAUGCAGACCAAGUACAGGAUCAAGCCAACGAUCAAGCAUUAUGGGUGCAUGGUGGACCUGCUUGGACGUACCGGGUUACUCAACGAGGCUUUCAGAAUGGCAGAAGAGAUGCCAGUUCCACCCAACAUCAUUGUCUGGGGAGCCCUUCUUAGUGCAUGUAGGAUCCAAAAUAAUGUGGGUAUGGCAGAGCAGGUGAGUGAGAGGAUAAUCAGAAUUCAAGAAGAUUUCCGAAACGAUGACACCAGUCACUAUGUGAUCAUGUCGAACAUGUAUGCCCGAGCAGGAUUAAGUGAGAAAAUGGCAGAGGCAAGGGCAAAGAUAGGGAAGAAACCGGCAGGUCGGAGUUGGAUUGAGAUUGGGUAUGACGUGCAUGAGUUUGCAGUGGGGGAAGCUUCACACCCCAUGUGGGGAAAGAUACAGGAAAUGCUGGUUGAGAUGAUGAAGAAAGUGGGGAGUGAGGAUGCAGGGGAAGAAGACCUCCAUAAUACUCAUAGUGAGAAGGUGGCUGUUGCCUUUGGGCUGCUCAUUACAAGUGCUCCUACCACUAUUCGGAUUGCCAAGAACCUUCGCAUAUGUGAAGAUUGCCACAGUGCAAUGAAGUCGAUUUCAGAGGCGUACCAGAGGGAGAUCAUUGUGAGAGAUUGCACUCGUUUCCAUCAGUUUAAAGGAGGGCUUUGUUCCUGCAAUGACUACUGGUGA